AUGAGCGCGGCGGCGGGCCGGCUGCUGGCGGCGGCGGCGACGGCGGGGGCCGCGGAGGUGCGGGCGUCCAUCUUCGGCCACGCGCUGAACCCGACGGGGAAGCGCGCGGCGACGAAGCUCCUGCGGAAGAAGAUGGUCGGCGACCAGGUAGCGCAGUGGUACCCCUACGACAUCAAGCGCGACGACCUGCUCGUCAUGGCGCGCGAGGAGAAGGAGGAGCUAGUGAUGCUGGAUGAUAAGUUGGCAGCAGCAAGCUGGGUAGCAGAUUCUCAGGGUGUUCGGCUGCUUGGAGUUGAAUUGAAUAUGGACCAAUUUGUUCAGGCGGGCUGUAGUAGACAGGUACUAACCCCUUCAAACCCGCUCCAAUUUCUUUCACAACCAAAAGAGCUUGAUGUCAAAGAUAGGAUCCUUGUAGCCAUCUUCUGUAAAGCUGGUGUUUCAGUUUCAUACAGCCGCCACCAUGAUGCUGAAAUAAAUGAAAAACACCUCUAUUAG